AUGGACGGGGACCUGUCAAAGCUGUACUUGGCGGUGCAGCAGCAGUCGGAGCGCAUCAAUGAUGCAGAGCCCACGAAGGGCUGGACCGCGCUGCACAUAACGGCCGCCAAGGGCUAUGACGCGAUGACGCGCGAGCUGCUGGCGCGUGGCGCAGACCCCAACAUUGCAGACAAGGAGGGCCACACGGCGCUGCACCUGGCUGCGGGCGCCGGGCACUUGCAGGUUGUCACAGACUUGCUGCGGCGCAGGGCGGACCCGGGGAUCAGGGAUAAGGACGGCCGGACGCCCCUAGACAUCGCUGCGGCCGCCGACCAGCCGCGAGUCGCGGCGCUGCUGCGGGAGGCCGCCGGCACCAGCUUCCUGCCGGCGCCGUCCCCGGGUGAGGUGCCGGCGAUGCGCGCGCGCCUGCAGGUCGUGCUUGCGGGCGGGAGUGCACACCGGCGCAGCCCUCCAGGCGGGCAGGCCAGAGCAAAGCAUUCGAGGUGGAUACCGUUUGAUGAGGUGGAUGCCGCUCGGCCCGCGGCGCGGCCGCUCGCUCAUGACUUCCCCCCGCCCACCCUCUUCUCGCCCCCGCGGGCGCGGCCCCCGGCGCGCUGA